AUCUAUAAGGAAAUUCAGCUUUGGUUGUCACCUGUUUCAAAUGCCAUCACAGGCUGGCUGACUGACCCAAGCCCUGGCAGUAGCAGCACUUGUGGAUUGGAAAGUUCAGAGCCAGUUUGCAUCUCUCCUCAUAGCUGGUAUGCAUGUAUGAACUACUACCUAUCCGUGCUUCCCUUCCUGGCAGCAGUUCAGACAGGUGUAGCUGGGAAGGGUGAGACUCAGCUGCACAUCCAGGCUCCAGCAGAGGUGGCUCAAGAUUACUGCUCCAGCUACACAGACUGCUCCACCCAACAUCCUGAUGCCAUGACUAAGUGGGAAACAUUUUUCCAGUCUUUGCAGCACAUCAAUAACUCUGACGACACAGAUUUCAACAAGAAGGACAAGAUUCUGGGACUGGUGUGGGCAGCAGAAGAGGCAUCUUUACAAACUGCCUCAUUGGCUAGCAGUAAAAUGCAGAAGUUGUACUCGUCUCCUGAGGUGCGCUUUGGACAGGGUUGGCUCCGCUCGGCAGCAUAUGUAGCAGCUUCUCAUUUCCACGCUAACAUUGAGAAGUCCGAGAAGUACAUGUCUCCUCUGCCGAGCCGAGUGCUGCAGGAGUCUGAUAGCCCACCCAAAAUUACCGAUCUCAGUGCUGAGGAGAACCACGCACUCCACAUCUUAGGCUGGAUGAACAGUGUGAAUCAACUGGUUGGUGGUUCCCUUGUGAAUCUCUGGCGGAGAGCGAUGUGUUCACCUCAGGCUCGGGAGAAAGGUGAGGGCCUUCUUCACGACCUCAUUCUUGACCCCAAGUUCCCUGGUACCAGUCUGAUGGCAAUCUUGACUGAGAUGACCACAAGCUGCUGACACAUCAUCUGUUAGCGCUGUUAACAUUCUCUAAUAAAUAUAAAAACCUGGUAGAAUAAACCUGUUUCUAGCUCUAAAUAAGAGCUGUGUACAUCAAACAGCUUAUUAAUCUGCAGAUGUUGGCUUUGUCCACAACAACGCAGCAUCCCAGAUAUUUUACCAUGACAGUCAGUCUAUCUUUACACUGUCAUUUGUAUCUUUAACAAAAUAAAAACAGAAAAAACAAUCAAACAUGGCGCCUUUCCAUCUCCUUUA